AUGAGGGUGACAGGUGACGAGAAAAUGGCAGACAAAGUUGGCGAUUCCGGAGACGGUGUAAAACGCAAAAUUUCGAAUUUCGUGUUUUGGAACCAGACCAGAGUCUUUAUUCUAGCACUUUCCCUAACAUGCCUGACUUUGACUCAAAUCAACUCGCAAAUCUUCACAUUCACUGUGAUCUGUAUGGACGAUUUGAUAGUGGAGAAUCAGAUGUCAAAUGUCACAGAGCCCCACUGGAUCGAAGGAACUACAGAAAAAUCGAUUUUAUUUUCUGCAACAGCUAUCGGUGCCCUAGUUGGCCUCAUUCCAUCAGUACCCCUUCUCAAUAGGCUUGGCGUCAGGUUAACCUUAUCGGUGUGCGGCCUUUGCUCAACACUUGGCACAUUUUUCACACCUAUUGCAGUUUCUUGGAGUUUUUAUCUAGUGGUAGUGUGUAGAGUGCUUCAAGGGCUCGGUAUAAGUGUAAUUCUUACUGUACUUGGUGUGAUUCCAACUUCUUGGUCCCCAAAGAGCGAAUACAGUACCUAUUUGGCAAUUUUGUCGUGUGCUUGGCAGUUUUCAAAUGUGAUUUUUAUGCCAAUUUCUGGGAUUUUAUGUGAUUCCGAGUACGGUUGGAGGUCGAUUUAUUAUGCAUUUGGUGUGCUGACUGGAUUCUUUUAUUUCAUUUUUUACAUGUUUUAUACAGAUGCUCCUGGUGUACAUAGAUCCAUGCGUUUUGGCCGCAUGGAUCAGUUUCCUGGGUGGAAAUUUGGGAUUUAUCACACUUCUAUUAUAUGGACCAACUUAUUUGAGAGAAGUUCUGAAUUUCGAUGUUCGAUCCACUGGUUAUAUCAAGCUCUACCGUAUGCUCUUUGUGCAAUUUAUAAAUUUAGUGCUGGAAAAAUUUCGGAUCGAAUCAAAUUCGCUAGUGAUAAGACCAUCUACACAUUCUGGCUCUUCUCCUCCAUCAUUGGCCUAUCAAUUGGUUACUGUAUAAUGGCAUGGACUACUGAUCGUAACAUAGCAUUCGUCGCAUUCGCUUUUGCGAUUGUCACUUCUGGAUUAAUUAUAAUGGCAUCUGUGAAAUGUUUAGCAAUGCGAUGCCAACAACAUUGUCAUUUUGCAGUUAGCACCGUUUCGUUUUUGUCGUAUUGUGUACAAUUCAUUUCUCCAUUGGGUGUUGGCAUUAUGUGUCCCGAUAAUACACCGGAACAGUGGUCCCGAGCCUUCCUGCUUAUCACCGGUAUCAUGAUUCUCACAAACGCCCCAUUUCCAUUUUUGACGACUCAAGAAGCUGCGGAAUAUACGAAACACAAAAAAUCGCCGAUGGGAGAACUUUCAGAAAAAGUCUGA